AUGAUUCCUGAUCAGCAAUCUCCAUGCGAGCUUAUUCUUAAGAUAGGUUGUAAUGAAUCCGAUGAAAUCACCUCGACUAUAACCAAUCUUCUUCGUUCAUGUUCGAUCGUCGAUCAACGAUUCCUCUACGUCGAACGGCAAAUUCAACCAAGUACUUACUUCGGCUCGUUUACAAGUCCAACAUUACGAUCGAAAGUUCCCAUUCAAUGUCAGUCGCUGAGUUGCGUCAUUUUCCUAACUGAUGAAAUCUUCAAACAACAUGAAAAGAAAGAAUUUUUCAAAUCGACUCACAUCUGGAAUUUUCAUCAUAAGAUUGAAUUACUCGAUGAAUACCGACAUACAUUAGCCAGACAAGAUUAUUAUGAACUAUCUCAUUUGUUGCCUCUCUGGUCAGUAUCCCACAUACCUUUCACUCGGCAUCUUAUCAUUCGUUUCAAUGUUUUCACGCGAAACUUCGAGACCAUGUUAAGAUUUUACACGCAUUUGUUUCAACGUCGUCCGGAUUCGAGUAAAUCUGGUUUUGUGCUUUUUAAUCUCUCCGCACCGAAUCAUCACAAAAUUCUUUAUCAAUUUUCGAUCAAAUAUUCGCCAUCCAUUGAAUCUUACUCGAUUUCGCAAGGUGCCUAUCUGAAAUUUCGUCUAAGUAAUCUAAACUAUUUCCUCCACGAGUACACAAGCAAAUUGUUCACGAUAAACAAGUCGGAAUACUACAUUCACGAUCCAGAUGGAAAUCUUCUACAUUUAUGUUUACAUAAUAUGUCAUCGAAUAUCAAAGAAUCGUUAUUAUUGAAUAAAUCAUUUGUUCAUCCGAACGAUAGUGGCUUUGGUGAUAGUAGCGAUCCUUCUAUACAUUUACUCAAAUCGAAUGUUUCUCAGAUGUAUCCAAUUAGAAAUGAUAUCGAUGGACAAAGUCAUUCGUCGAAUGAUUCAGGUCAAUGUAGUUCAAUAUCGUCAAACGAAACCAAGCGAACAGUUCAGCAAAAUUCUGUCCACAAAACGAACAGUAUAUCAGUUCGGCCAGCAACGAAGAGCGAAAUUGACAUGCGAUUGAAACAACAACAACGAACAGUACUUCCACAUGGUUUACUCAAGCCAUCACUAUACGAAAGUGAACCACGCAUAUCUCAGAGGGAUCUCAGGACUCGGUGUUACUCAUCGAUGAAUAAUAUUAAAAGAUCGAAUGACAUUCGUCCAAUCUCUACACACCAUUUUCAAUCAUCAGCAUUCAACAACGACGAUUAUGACAUCUCCUAUGAAGUCGAUUCACCACGUGUAGGCUCAAGAACAUCAACAAGUCAAUCUUCCUACAGUUAUCUCAACACACUUUUACAAAAACAACAACAACAAGCGAUCCAUUCACAAAAUGUCAAAGACCUGAUAGAACAAUUUGAAAAAUCCAAAGUGUCAACAUUACGCCCGAAAUCAGUUCCUGUAAUCGACCAUUCAUCAGCUUCAAAUAUCGUGGUCCGCCCUCAAACAAUAAAACAACAGACGACAUGCGAUUGGGAAUUCGAUCAUAGCGAUAUAUUGAACACGAGCGAUGAACAAAGACGAAACUCACGUAUUAAUAUUGGUAUUACCCUAGAUUCUCGAUUGAGAAAAACACCCGUACUCGAUAUGUUAAGGAGCACAACUAUGCAAUCCGAUAUCAGUGAAUCUCAGCAAUUUCACCGGACAAAUUCUUUCAAAUUUUCAUCCACGCCAGUUGCACGCUUUUGA